AUGAAAGAUGGUAGAGCCGUAUACAUUUCAUUUUUGUGCGUGGGCCUGGUAGUGACAGGGGCAAUCAAUUCGCUAUUUACUAAGUAUCAGGAUAAUCAAUGUGUCAGGAACUGCGACACACUCUCACCAGUGUUUUUCAAUCAGCCAGUACUGCAAACGCUGCAGAUGUUUCUCGGCGAAAUGACAGUUUUACUGGCUGUGCGGUACCAAAGUCAGAGCAGUACUCCUCUAGAUCCAACGGUUGGAAGCAAGCCCAUGAUUAAUGGAAGGCAGCAUCUUAUAUUGUCUAUCCCAGCGAUUUGCGACAUCAUUGCCAGUACAUUUAUGAAUCUUGCAUUAAUUUUGACCCCAGUAUCCAUUUAUCAGAUGACCAGAGGUGGCAUUGUAUUCUUCGUUGCACUCUUCAGUGUCGUUUUUUUGAAACGUAAAGUUAGCCGUCUAGAGUGGGCCUCGCUUGCUGUGAUUGUUAUGGGUGUGGCUAUUGUUGGGUACAGCGGCCAAGAAGCAGUAAAUUUCAUAGAUCCGGAGCAUUACGUUGAUGAUGCAGAGUCUCUAAUAUUGGGUAUUUCGCUGAUAGUUAUGGGACUGGGGUUUAUGGCCAUGCAGUUUAUAGCCGAAGAGCACAUAAUGUCGCGUUGGAGCGUUUCCCCUAUAAGACUUGUUGGAUUCGAAGGUCUAUUUGGCACUGUAAUUACUACGGGCUUGCUAGUUAUUGGUCACAUUGUGGUCGGCCACAAUGAUAUUGAGUCUGGUCUCAACCUAAGGCAGGCUCUUAUUGACAUGUUUUCAGAAAAAAAAAUUUUGUUAUCGUCCUUGGCCAUCAUGAUUUCCAUUGCGGCCUUCAACUACUUUGGAAUCUCCAUUACCAAAAAUGUAAGUGCUACUUCCAGAAGCACCAUCGAUACCUGUAGGACUAUGCUGGUAUGGCUAGUAUCUUUAACUUUAGGCUGGGAGCCUUUCAAAUUUAUGCAACUGACCGGUUUCAUUUUGCUGGCUUUUGGCACGUUGGUAUUCAAUGAUGCGAUUGAAAUACCUAGCCAGUAUCUGCCAAAAUUUUUACUAUCGGACAAGAAAGAGGAACAUGAGCGCCUCAUCAAUACUAUCGACGAAGAGAUCGAAAGAUUUUAG